AGAGAGAGAGAGAAAGAGAGAGAGAGCAUAGUCGGUAGAGAAGUCAGUGUGAGCAGCGUUAGAGAAAGACGCUUGCAUUCAGAUAGGUCUGCGCCAAGUUGCAUGUCUUUGUCUCAGUUCACGUCAUUAUUCGGUAGAUGUGAUUCAUAUAGGAGGUAUUCACCACAUAUACGCACCCGUGACUCACGGGUCGUCGAUGUGGAGUGACAUGUGAUAUAUUUCAGUGCCGAUUAUUUUGUGUUUGGGUUUUUAAAGAGAAAUCAUAGACGUUUACGUGCAUUGCAAAUGGGGCCCAAGUGAAGUUUGAGGGCAAUAGUCUACAUGAUUUAUCAAGCAGAUUAGCGUGCCGGUGUCAUUUUCAAUAUAUUUGUUCAAGUUGAAACUAGCAGCAGUCCCCAACUAAGUGAGCAAUCAUGCCUGCUGUAAACGGAACAGAGGUAUCGGGUAACAUACCUGUGCCAAAUGAUGUCCCGGUUCCGAAGAAAGGUCCCAAGAGUGUGGAGACUGUGUACCAAAAGAAGACGCAGUUGGAACACAUUCUUUUGCGUCCUGAUACCUACAUAGGGUCGGUCGAGUUCACAACAGAACUGAUGUGGGUUUUAGAUCUUGAAGAACAGAAGAUUGUACAGAGGGAGAUUUCCUUCGUACCUGGCUUAUAUAAAAUAUUUGAUGAAAUCCUCGUAAAUGCAGCAGAUAAUAAACAGAGGGAUCCUAAAAUGGACACAAUCAAAGUAGAUAUUGAUGGAGAGAACAACCUUAUAUCAAUCUACAAUAAUGGGAAAGGAAUUCCGGUUGUGAUGCACAAAGAUGAAAAGAUGUAUGUGCCAACUAUGAUUUUUGGACAUUUGUUGACAUCAUCCAACUACAAUGAUGAGGAGCAAAAAGUGACAGGUGGUCGAAAUGGUUAUGGUGCCAAGCUUUGCAACAUUUUCAGCAAUAAGUUUGUUGUUGAGACUUCAUCUGAAGAAUACAAAAAGACUUUUAAGCAAACUUGGGGCAGUAAUAUGUCUAAGACCAGCGAUCCAAAGAUCAAACCAUCGUAUGGUGAAGAUUAUACAAAGAUUACUUUUUCACCAGAUCUCGCAAAGUUUAAAAUGGAAACCUUGAAUGCUGAUAUCAUUAGUCUACUGUCAAGAAGAGCAUAUGAUGUUGCAGCCUCUACUAGAGGCGUUAAAGUAUUUUUGAAUGGGAAGCGGGUACCAGUAAAAAACUUUAAAGACUAUGUAGAUUUGUUUUUGAAAGACAAAGUUGACGAUGCAGAUAACCCUGUUAAAGCAGUGUAUGAGGCUGUUAAUGAACGGUGGGAGGUAGCUGUGGCAUUAAGUGACAAAGGAUUUCAACAGAUGUCUUUUGUAAACAGCAUUGCCACAACAAAGGGUGGUCGUCACGCAGACUAUGUAGCUGACUCCAUUGUCAAGAAUCUUAUUGAAAAUUUGAAGAAGAAGAAUAAGAGUGGUGUGCAGAUCAAACCUUUCCAGAUUAAAAAUCAUAUGUGGUUGUUUGUGAACUGCUUGAUUGUGAAUCCCACAUUCGAUUCUCAGACCAAAGAAAAUAUGACUCUACAGGCGAAGAGUUUUGGUUCAAAAUGUAGUUUGUCUGAAAAGUUUAUGACAGCAGCCUCAAAAUGUGGUAUAGUUGAAUCUGUUAUGGCAUGGGCAAAAUUCAAACAGCAAGCUCAAUUGCAGAAAGUGUGCACCUCCAAAAAACAGAACAAAAUAAAAGGACUUCCCAAAUUGGAGGAUGCCAAUGAUGCUGGAACCAGAUAUUCUUCAGAUUGUACUCUGAUUUUGACUGAGGGAGACUCAGCCAAAACUUUGGCUGUGGCUGGUCUGGGAGUUGUUGGCAGAGAUAGAUAUGGUGUUUUUCCUUUAAGGGGUAAGCUUUUGAAUGUUCGAGAAGCAUCACACAAGCAAAUUUUAGAGAAUGCUGAAAUCAACAAUAUUAUCAAGAUUCUAGGUCUUCAGUAUAAGAAGAAAUAUGAGACUCCAGACGACAUGAAGACCCUUCGUUAUGGUAAAUUGAUGAUCAUGACUGAUCAGGAUCAGGAUGGUUCACAUAUUAAAGGGUUGCUGAUCAAUUUCAUACAUCACAAUUGGCCCACAUUGAUUCGAAAUACCUUUAUGGAAGAGUUCAUUACGCCCAUUGUUAAGGCAUCCAAGAACAAAGAGGAAUACUCCUUUUAUUCUCUUCCUGAGUUUGAAGAAUGGAAAAAAGAAAAAGAAAACUGGCACACCUACAAGAUAAAGUACUACAAAGGUUUGGGUACCUCCACUUCCAAGGAGGCUAAAGAGUAUUUCCUGGAUAUGACCAGGCAUAGGAUUCGCUUCAGUUACAGUGGUGCACAGGAUGACCACUCUAUAACAAUGGCAUUUAGCAAGAAAGCGGUUGACCAGCGGAAAGAAUGGCUCACUGGCUGGAUGGAAGAAUGUAAACGCCGCAAAGAGUUAGGUCUCCCAGAAGUGUACUUGUAUGAAAAGGAUACCAGAGCAGUUACUUAUUCAGAUUUUGUCAACAAGGAAUUGGUUCUGUUUUCGAACUGUGACAAUGAGAGAUCCAUUCCUAGUUUAGUUGAUGGAUUGAAACCAGGUCAAAGAAAGGUGAUGUACACAUGCAUGAAGCGAAAUGAUAAGCGAGAAGUGAAGGUAGCUCAGCUUGCUGGAUCAGUGGCUGAGCAUUCAGCAUACCAUCAUGGUGAAAAUUCAUUGAUGUCAACCAUUAUUAACUUGGCACAGAACUUCGUAGGAUCCAAUAACAUUAAUCUUCUUCAACCAAUUGGUCAGUUUGGUACAAGACUUCAAGGAGGCAAAGAUGCUGCAAGUCCUCGAUAUAUUUUCACUAAAUUAAGUCCACUUACCCGGUUGAUAUUCAACCCUUAUGACGAUCCUCUGCUGAAGAAGAAUUAUGAUGAUAAUAAACCAAUUGAACCAGAGUGGUACGUCCCAAUUAUUCCUAUGGUUUUAGUUAAUGGAGCUGAUGGAAUUGGCACAGGUUGGAGUACAAAAAUACCAAAUUAUAAUCCACGAGAGAUAGUUAACAACUUGAGGAAAAUGAUCAGAGGAGAGGAACCUUCUCGGAUGAAACCAUGGUUCAAGAACUUCAAGGGGACGAUUGAUGAACUUGAUCAUCAGAGGUAUAUUGUACAUGGAGAAAUUUCUCAGCUUGGUGAUAAUAAAUUGGAAAUAACUGAGUUACCUGUCAGAGUUUGGACUCAAAUAUACAAGGAAACAGUAUUGGAAGCUCUCACAACGCAUACUGAAAAGAAUCCUGCGUACAUAACAGAAUACAGAGAAUAUAACACGGAUACCACUAUAAGAUUUACGGUGACAAUGACUCCAGAGAAAUAUCAGAAGGCAUUAGAUGAAGGUAUUCACAAAGUAUUCAAACUUCAGGGCUCUCUUGGCACCACUUCAAUGGUUAUGUUUGAUCACAAUGGUGUACUACGGAGAUAUGAUACUGUUGAAGAUAUCAUGAGAGAAUUCUUUGAAUUACGACUCAAGUUUUAUCGUAUGAGGAAGGCUUACCUUGUUGGAAUGCUUGAGGCUGAGGCAAAUAGGUUAUCAAAUCAGGCCAGGUUUAUUUUGGAGAAGUGUGAUGGACGUUUGGUUGUAGAAAACAAGAAGAAAGCGAGCAUGAUUGAAGAACUACAACGGAAAGGUUAUGACUCAGACCCUGUUAAAGCCUGGAAAAAGCAGCAAGAAACUACAGAAGAGGAGGAAGGUAGCUCUGACUCUGACACUGAUGAAUUUGGAUCACAAGUGACAGUGUCGUCUGGUCCAGAUUAUGACUACUUGCUUGGCAUGCCCAUGUGGAAUCUCACGAAAGAGAAGAAAGAUGACAUCUUGAAAAAUAGAGAUAAAAAAACUCAGGAACUCAAUUGUUUGAAACUCAAAUCUCCUGAAGAUCUUUGGACUGCUGACUUGGAUGAAUUUUCUGCACAGCUUGAUGCAGUUGAGGAACAAGAACGUCUGGAGGAACAGCAGUCGGCGGGUGGAAAGGUGGCUUCUGGCAAAGGCAAAGGGUCUAAGAAGACGGCGAAAGUGGAAACCAUGCCUUCACCAUUUGGUGAGAGGGUUGUACCUAGGAUUGAUGCAGAAUUGAAGCGUAAAGCUGAGAAAGCAGCGGCAGCAAAGGAAAAUAGAGGUAAAAAAGUAAAGAAAGAAAGUGUUGAUGCUGAUGAUUAUGAUGAUCUUGUAAGUGCUAACACUGGGAAGUCUCUUGCAUCAAGACUUGGUAAUUCCCCAGACUUGAUAAUUAAAGCUGCUAAAGCAAAGAAAGCAGAUGGUCCAAAACAGCCAAAACCAAAGGGAUCACCUAAAAAGAAAGGCAAAAAUCCUUGGGAUACAGAUUCUGAUGAUGGCCCUGAUAAUCUAAGUGAUAUAGAUGAUGAUAUGGUGGAAGUACAGCCCAGAGAAAGAGCAGCAGGACGGCGAGCUGCAGCUUCAAAUGUCAAGUUCAAGUUUGAUGAUGAUGAAGACGAGGAUUCCGGUAGUGAUGUUUCCCUUCAUGACAAUGAAGGAAUUGAAGAGCCAGAUAUGGUUCAGCAACAUCUUUCAUUUGCAGAUGAUUCAGUCAAUGUACAAGAGGAAGUGGCAAUUAGUGAUACUGACUCAGAACUUGGUGCCAAGCCAGCAAAAACUACUAGUAAACCUGCGAAUACAGAUAAACCAACUGCAUCAGACCUCUUUGAUUCUAUGUUGUCCGGUUCUCCAAGUCCUCCUAAAUAUCAGCCAGCUAAAAGUAAUACAUUAAAAAGAACAGUGAAUGAUGGGGAUAGCAGUGAUUAUGAAGAGCCAAAGCCUAAAAAAAUGAGUUCAGCAACAGCUUUUGGAGAAGAUUCAAAGCAAAAGAAACGAGGACGUCCAAAAAAACCUAAUGAUGAAUUUGGUGAUGAUGCACCAAAGCCUAAAAAGAAGUCUGCCCCAAAAAAGAAGGUUGAUUUAGAUUCAUCAGAUAAUGAAGAUCCCAAACCUAAGAAAAAGCCAGGUCCAAAGAAAACUGCUGCCGCUAAAAAGAAAAUAAAUUCUGACUCUGAUGAUGAUAUGUUUGACAGGAGUGACAAACAGGAUGAAGGAUCCAUGCCUGCAGAUGUUAUUCCACGAGAAAAAUCUGGGCGGCAAAAGAAAGCAGUGAAAUAUGCAUUGAGUGAUGACGACUCAGACUCAGAUUAUUAGGUCAGAUUGUUAGGGAAAUAAAAAGGAUUGAAGUAUGGUCUAUUUUCAUUAAGACAAACUUAUAUUUUUUACUUUUUUGAUGUUUUACAUCCUUUUAGCCGUAAUAUUUUAUAGUAUCAGCGUAAGUUUUUAGGACUAUUACAGCUUUUAUUUUGCAAAAUAGUAUCGUAUCCUCCCAUAGCUUGGAUUCACGGCAUUUCUGUGAGUACAAAAGUGUAGCUGUAGUUUAGAAGUUAAUUUGUUGAUAAAAUUCCAAAUUUGUGUGAAUUAAAUGACUCCUGAUUUUUUAUGUUGUGUAUACCUAAUGCGUACACAUGGCUUGCUGUGUAGUCUUUAAUACAAGCAGAUUAUUUUUAAAUUUUAAUUUUGGAGAAGGAGUUUUUAUACAUACACAUAUAUAUAGUGUAAAUGAUAUUACAAUUUUGAGGAUGUGAUUUUCAAGAACUUGCUAUAAAUUAAGUAUAUACAGUAUAUUGUAGGAUACAGUUGGAGAAUAGUACUGGUUCUUUAGAUUAGACCUAGCACAAAGUUAUCAGACUUCAGUUACUGUCUUUUUUUUACUUGAUUACACAUUUGCUUUACAGUUUGGUUAUUUUAUUUUCGAAAAUUAUUUUAUAUCUUUUUAAGGCUAUUUAUUUCUACUCUGUAAGUCAGCUGUCUAAACUGUUGUUUACAGUCCAUUUUGAAAUAAAAGUAGAUACAA